ACAUUCGAGUGCCUGCGCCAGCAGGUUGCAAAGAGUUAACCCAUUAGGCCACAUCCUGGUGAGCUCAUCCCAGCCGGAGCCUGCUCAGUGGCUGGGAUUCGCAGCACACUGAUGUGGCCAGGGUGCCUUUCUCCAGCUGGGAUGAAGGACUUGAGCAGAAACUCAUUGCCAGCUUCCUCCCUACGCGAGAGCCGACUGAGUCCCAGGUCCCCAGUCUUCCCCCGGGACGUUGUGCACGGUGCCCAUUCUUGAGCAGCCACAACAAUGGAGGUGCUCCCCAAGGCCCUGGAGGUAGACGAGAGGUCUCCAGAGUCCAAGGACCUGCUGCCCAGCCAGACAGCCAGCUCCCUGUGCAUCAGUUCCAGAAGUGAGUCUGUCUGGACCACCACACCCAAAAGCAACUGGGAAAUCUACCACAAGCCCAUCAUCAUCAUGUCAGUGGGAGCUGCCAUUCUGCUCUUUGGCGUGGCCAUCACCUGUGUGGCCUACAUCUUGGAAGAGAAGCAUAAAGUUGUGCAAGUGCUCAGGAUGAUAGGGCCUGCCUUCCUGUCCCUGGGACUCAUGAUGCUGGUGUGUGGGCUGGUGUGGGUCCCCAUAAUCAAAAAGAAGCAGAAGCAAAGGCAGAAGUCCAACUUCUUCCAAAGCCUCAAGUUCUUCCUCCUGAACCGCUGAUGACUGGUUGUCCAGAAGAUCUGCUAACCAAUAAGCAGCCUCCUACCUUCUCUUCGGGUACCACAAAGUUGAUCCAGGCAAACCCUCCUCUUGGCCCUGUGGACAGGAUAGAGCUCAGGGCUUCACCCUCAUACAACCUAGCAGCAUUGCUGACUGAGUCUCACCUGGUUUCCAUAGCUGUGGAUGCUGUGCCCUUGGAUACUUUCAUUACCCUCAUCCCUGGCACCUGCAUUCAGCCAUCAGCCAUCCCAUUCUCUCUGCCAAGGGCAAUGUGUGCAUGCUAGGAAAUUCUUUGGGGGUUGACUACAUUCCCAAGGAGAACUUGUAUGUUACGGUUGUGUGCCUGAUCUUAGAUUCCCAUCUACAUCCUUCUGGAACCAAAAGUGACCAAGCAGAUAAGGCUGACUUCAGUCCCAUUGGGUUUGACAGCCUUGGCUCCCUCCUUGGAUGGGACAUUGACUAACAUUACAAGAGAAAGGAUAUGUCUCAUGUAUCACACAUUCCAAAAUCUGGACAGUGAUGGGGCUGGGGGUGAGGGAAACACUGUCUAGAGUAAACCAUUCCUCUGGGAGUAGUCUGGAACUUAUACAGUGAAGGAAGUUAGCUCCUAAAUAUAUGAUAUUGGCACAAGAGGCAAUAUGCAGGCUAAGAGGUAUCAACACUUCCCCUUGAUCCUCCAAUGCGCUUCUUGCAGAAUGCCUUUAUAUUAGCAAUUAGCCAAGAACAAAUGCUCUUUGUUCUAACUUCCUUCCCCACCACAUCUCUGCGUCUACACAGCUCCAGAACAGAAGGACGGGAGGCCACAGAUGUGACCUGUAAGAUCAUCUCCUUCUCCUGUCAAUCAAGACCUAACCUGAAAUUGAAUGCCAUGUCCGACUCACGCUGCAUGGGGUUUUAGAGAUAGGUUCACUGGAAAAAAGGAAAUCUCAGCCUCCCUCCUCCCUGUUCCUCCCUACCAAACAAGCAAGUAUUUAUUGAGUUUCCUUCUCUAGGCCUAGGUUGGGAACAGCCAGACCCAGUCUCUGAUGUCAUCUUAUUUCCAAAAGUGAAAGAGGGAAAAACAUGGCCAAGCCAACUGGCAAUACUCCAUACUGAGUUCUUAGGGUGGCCAUGGGAACACAUGGAUCUAACAAAUGUACAGGAAGAUAGAUUUCUGGAGACCAUGUUCACCCCUUCUGAAUAUGAAGGGGAAGGAAGUGUUUGGAAUGAGCAAGAUGUGCAAGGUAGUCAGCAACUGCCUUGCAUGUGGAGAAGCUAAGGGGAAAGAGACAGGGUGGGGUUAGGAUUCCGCAUAGCUCCCGGAUGCUAUUCCAUCCUCUCUUGCCUACUUCCCCCCUGCUUCCCCAGGUACCUUACAUCCAGCUACUCCUUGGUACACUGCAGGCUUCUGGGGUCAAUAGGGACUGGGAGGGGCAUCUCCAGAGGGCCUAACAAGUAGAUAUAACCCAAGAGGUAAGUACCCUCAAAACUUCAUUAUAGUCACCAAGACACCUUUAGGCAAAAGACCGGGCACCUAUAAGAAAUUUCCAAAGCUGUUCCAGGCAAGGCCAGGCCAGAGAGCAGAGGAAGGUACCUAGUAGCAAAGUGAAUGACAAGAGCUGCAUUGGUUCAGGUUGACUCUUCAUCCUUAACCUUUGGGCAUUUGGGAACACUAUGGCAAACAACCUCCAACAGGUCUCCAGAUAUCUCAACCAUUCACAGUACUUCUAUAGGCAGUUAGAAUCCACCACCUUUGUUCCUGUUGCAUUGUGGGACAUUCCUCGGAGGAAGUAUUUGUUUUGUGGAAUCAACACACACACACACACACACACACAGAGAGAGAGAGAGAGAGAGAGAGAGAGAGAGAGAGAGAGAGAAAGAAAGAGAAAGAAAGAAAGAAAGAGAAAGAGACUGACUCCCUAACUAAAAAGUCAGAGUUUGGGAAGCCUGUGGCCUUUCAAAGCUCACUUAAGAAUAUCAUGUUCCUCAUUAAGACUCACAUCAUCGAGCCCAGGCCCUGCAGUCCACCCAUUCCCUGAAUACAGGCAGCUCAGGACCAACCCUGGGGUUGUUGAAAUACUGCCUAGUGCUUCCACGAAUGUCUAAUGCCUCCAUGACAGGGCUUUCAGACCACUCCUUUCUCCUGACAUGGAAGGACAGCCCUGGGGUGGAGCCUCUCAAUCUUCUGUGCCUUCAUGAAAGGGAACACACAGAUGAGCUCACAGCCAGCUCACUUGGAAUCCGCACCCCAUGCACCUCAUUGUCCUGAGAGCUCAUUGUCUGGGCACAGCUGUGGGAAGACCUUUGCAGAUCUCACUUUCAAGUAUGUCUCAACAGAAGGGAGUUUGGGGAUAAUCACGAUGCCAGGAAAUCUUCAAGUUCUAGACAUCUUUCAUAGCCACAUCAGUACCUGUUCCCCAACCCCUGCCCCUCAAGGUAAGUACUUAGCAAACAAAAUCAAAGAGCCUUUGAGAAAAUAUCCCAAAUACUGGUUAACUCCCCCGGCCUUGCACCAAACUCCCCACAAAAGUGAUAGUCAGGAAGUGAGCAGAGUCACACCCAACAUCUUGGAAAAUUUUGCCAAAGACCAUUGCCUCAUGAAAACUGGGGUGGGGAUAACCUGUGAGUGCAGCCGGGUUGGAUGCCGUGUCUCUGCAACAAAGCAUUCUGGGUAGUGAUUUCAGUCAUCUCAGAAGACAAGAGCAACAUCCACAGCACCAUCCCACCGGACUGUAUUACGGGCUUCUGUCGCUCUUCUGUUUUGGAGAAUUUAAUCUAACCCAACGCCUAAUGGAAUCAAUGUCGUAUUGAACUGUAUUCUGUUUAAAAGUACCUGCCAUGUUCAUUCAUUCUUCUCUACCAGGCAUUCCAAGGCUGCCUUCACCCCUGCCCACUUCUAAAUUACACCCUCAUUGCUACAUUUCCUUUCUCAAGAGGGCUGCCAGGGAGAAUAAAAACAGAGCCAGUUUCAUGCAUGGCUCCUCAGAAGCAUCCUUGCGACUACUCUGAGACGAUGGUGGUGCAGAGGGAUCCCACAAGUCCAAUACAGAGACCCAGAACUUAACCUGAAGAAAGAACAUUCCAGAAUGAAUCUGUGGUCUGGAUGAAGCAAGCAGAGACUAGGUUCAGGAGAGAUGCUCCAAAUGCAAAUCAAAGUAGGAAAGGAUCCAUUUGGAGCUUACUCUCCUCUCCCUCCCUAGAAGCCUAUCUGUGCUCAGCCUUCGUGAGGACAGCUGUCCAUGCCUGAGACUUCAUUCUGACAGUCCCAGGCAGCCUCAGAGACUCUGCUGGCCCAAGCCAGAACUUUCACUCUGUAACCAAGCUCCUUAGGUCUGCAGGAAGGACUUCUGUCUGAGAAGGACUAUGCUCUGUUUUCCUACAACCUGCAGGUACAAAUGAGAGGAACCCCAGGCCACCUCAUAAUCUAGGUCUUAUACUCUAAGGGGAAGACAGGUUCACUAAAGGGUACCCCCAAAUGAGACCAUCUCCCACUGCCCUGCAGGUUCCUCUGGAAAAGCCACUAAAGUGACUGUAAAGAGGGGGGAGGGGAGUCAUUGUCAAUGUCCUUCAAUCAGUCAGUCACACAUACUAAGCUGGAAUUGUCUUCAAUAAAUGACAAAACACCA